AUGGCACCACUUACGCCCCAUUGGACCCAGCCGUCCCACCCGGACAUCCAGGAUGUCGUCAAGGCGAGCGAGACAGAGUUUCUCACCAAGAGCUUCUCCAAGGUCUCUCUGCCGCCCUUUGCGGUCUACGCAAAGAUGUCCUUCCCACCGUGCGAUCUGGCCGACGAGCCAACGUAUGCUACCGUUCAAUGCGGCAAAGCCAAGCACUUGAACCUCAACAGUGACCUGCUGUACAUUAACCACUCGUGCGAACCGUCUCUUGUUAGUCAUGCCGCUAAGAAAGCACAAACGUCUACUUCCAAGUUCCCCCAGAACCUACCCCGGGUCGGGGACAGGGACAUCCUGGAAGAUAUUUUUGACACGGGCAACUUUAAUGUCCUGGCUGGGCCGAAAGGCCUUCAGCCCGGUGAUGAACUGACAUUCUUCUACCCCUCCACGGAAUGGCACAUGGCCCAGCCGUUCGACUGCUUCUGCGGCACCCCCUCGUGCCGUGGCAAGAUCGGCGGCGCACGCGACAUGUCCCGCGCCCAGCUGGAGGGCCUCUGGCUCAAUGGCCACAUCCGCGAGCUCCUUGAGGAGCGCGACUCGGGGGCUCGCUCUGAGAACGACGACCCCACGGCCCAGGCGCUGAGAGAUGCCCUCAAGGCCGCCGAGCGCGUCGUCGAGGCAGCUCGCUCCGCGCUGAGGAGCUACACCGAGUCCACCACCGGCAACAGCAACGGAGCCCAGCAGCAUCAGCAGACGGCCAAGAACGGUGUCAAUGGCUCGAAGGCAGGCCGCAACGGCGCUAGUGCCAGGGAGUUGGGAGGCGAGUUGGGCGGCGACACGCGCGCUGCGUAA